CCUCCUCCACUGCUCUGUCUCGGCAUUCCCUCCUUUAGCAUCCUUGGGAGGAGCUGCCCCAGGCCCCGCGGGAGAGAGAGGCCGGGGCCCCGAAGUUCAGAGGAACUUGCAGAGCAGGGUCCCGCGAGAGGCCGAAGAUGCCGGCUACCACGGGCUCCUUGGGUCUGCGGCAGGACGAGGAGGCAGCCUGGGGCCCGGACUCCACCUCGCAGGGGGACCAUGGGAGCCCCGAGUCCUCUCGCCAGCGUUUCCGGAGAUUUCGCUAUCAGGAGGCGGCCGGGCCCCGGGAGGCCCUGAGCCGGCUCCGGGAGCUCUGUGUCCUCUGGCUGCGGCCGGAGGUCAGCCCCAAAGAGCGGAUCCUGGAACUGCUGGUGCUGGAGCAAUUCCUGAACAUCCUGCCCGCGGAAAUCCAGACCUGGGUGCGGAUGCAGGGGCCCCAGAGCGCUGAGGAAGUGGUGGGGCUGCUAGAAGGCCUGCAAAAGAGCCCCGCGAAGCUGAUGCAGUGGAUCAUGGGGCGCAUUCUGAGACAGGAAGAACUUGCCACAAAGAUUGAGCUCCCCGGCAUCCAACUGGGAGCCAAGGGCCUUCAGGGCAAAAGCCAGAAGGAGAAAGAACCACUGCUGAGGUCUCGGUCAGAUGCCCAAGAGGAGGCGGGCCAAGAUGUCAAGGAGGAGCCCGGUGCGCCCAAUGAAACAACUUCACCCACUCCCCAGAUCCCUGCCCACCCUCAGGAGGGGAAUGGCCACCACCCAGAGACAACAACCUCCUUCCUGCCUUCAGGAUGCCAGGAGGAGUGGGGCCUGCUGGACCCCUGCCAGAAGGAGCUGUACUGGGAUGUCAUGCUGGAGAAGUACGGCAGCGUGGUCUCCCUGGAUGGCGCUCUCCCCCGGCAGACCUCGCUGUCCCCCAGCAGACCCCGCUGUCCCCUGGCACACCACACUGACCAUCCGCAGCAGGCUUCAGGCUUCGCCUCCCUCGGGCGAGGGCCUCCUCCCAUGCCAGGCUCUCCCUUGAGGAGCACCUGCAGGACCGAGCGCCAGCAAGAAGGACCAGCUGGAAUCCCUGCCCCCAAACCCGAGGCCAAGACCCUCGUGGAGCCCGGGGAGGAGGCCUGGGGACCCGGCCCGAGCUCCGCAGCCGAUGACAAAGCCCGGCCCAGAGGCCUCGGCCCGCCAGGAGGCAGGAUCCAGAACCACAAGGAGGGCCCUUCCCGGGACGGCGCCAGGGCCCUGGCGGCUCAGCACCCGCCUCCCCGUCUGACCCAGGGAGACGGGCCAGCUUCGGGCAGAGGCCUCUGGACCGCUUCGGAGCCGGGAAGUCCCGGAAGGAAAAGAAAGGCCCCUUCGCCGGGCUGGGAGAGCCCCCCGGGCAGGGCGGCCCGCGGCGGCCUCCUCCCCGGGGGCGUGGCUCAGCAGGCCCCGGCCGAGCAGGCCCCGCCCUGGACGGAGAGGGACAAGGGCUAUUUCGCGCCGGGCCCGCGCCUGCUGGACGCGCUCCCGGCCGCCAGGGAGAAGCCGUACGUCUGCGACGAGUGUGGGAAGGGCUUUGACUGGAAGUCCGUGUUCGUCAUUCACCAGAGGUCCCACGCGGGCCCGGCCUCGGGGCAGCUCGAGGACAGCAGGGAGCCCCGGGACCCCCGCGACCCCAGGGCCCGGCCGCGGGCGGCCGCCGGAGAGAAGCCGUACCGCUGCAGCGAGUGCGGGAAGGGCUUCCGCGAGCUGGCCACGCUGCGCAACCACCGGCGCAGCCACACGGGCGACAAGAGCUACCAGUGCCAGGACUGCGGCAAGGCCUUCAACUGGAAGUCGCAGCUGGUGAUCCACAAGAAGGCGCACCUGGGCGAGCGCCAGCACACCUGCGCCGAGUGCGGGGAGACCUUCGACUGGAAGUCGCAGCUGGUCAUCCACAAGAAGGCCCACCGAAGGGACGCUCCGUAGGCCGAGCGGCCCGGGGCGCGCGCCCCCCCCCCAGGACCCCCGUACCACCGCGCGCCCCGGCCGGGCUCUCCUCCCGGGGAGGGCCCCCAUACCUCGGCGCGCCUCCACCGGCCCGCUCAACUGCCGGCAGCUGGGCCUGGCCUCCUGGGACAAGGCCACCGGAGGCAGCGCUUGGCCUUCCUGGCCUCCUGUGCCAGGACUCUUUAGCCAUAGUGCCCGAGGGGAGGAGGGAGCCCCGGCGGCCCUUCUUAGACCUCGCCGAGCCCUGCCCCUCCCCCAGAAACACUAAUGUAGGCAAUAAACUUCAUUAAUAUCUUCCGAA